UUUUGUCCUUUUGGAGUCGAAUAUGAAGCGGUUUUUCUCCUCCUCCAAAACCUGCGCCGAAGCCGUUUUCCAAUGAGAGCAGGUGGAAUUCCCCCAUUCAACCAAUGGCGCUCUGCCCUCGCGACAGGGAUGUGUGGGCUCGGUUAUGGCGCUGCUGUGAAGUUGUUGGAAACGGGCAAGCCCAGGAAGCAGGAUUUUAACACUACUACGCAAGCUAAAGCUCCGGGCUACCAGCUCGAGUGGGAACAAGUCAGCGAAUGAGUCGGAUUUUGUAACGCACGCACCUUUCCGACGGGGAAAUACACGCGACGGCGGAUUUCGAUUGUGGUUUUAACAAAAGUUGCUCUGUCUGUGAGAAAUAAGAGUGACCUCGGGCUGAGAGAAAAGGCAUGUAUUGCAAGAGUUAGAUUGAGUACUGACACCCCUCGAGCUGUUUUUUGUUUUCAACUGAGGUGAAACUCGGAUCUGUCACCAUGCCUGCCAAAACAAAGUAUAAUUUAGUCGAUGAUGGACACGAUUUACGGAUUCCUUUACACAACGAGGAAGCAUUCCAGCAUGGGAUUAAUUUUGAGGCAAAGUAUAUCGGUAGUCUGGAUGUGGCUCGACCCAAUAGCCGUGUGGAGAUUGUUGCGGCCAUGAGGCGAAUAAGGUAUGAAUUUAAGGUGAAAAAUAUCAAAAAGAAAAAAGUCAACAUCAUUGUGUCUGUGGAUGGGGUAAGAGUAGCGCUUCGGAAAAAGAAAAAGAAAAAAGAGUGGACCUGGGAUGAAAGCAAGAUGAUGGUGAUGCAGGAUCCAAUUUACAGGAUAUUCUACGUAUCGCAUGACUCUCAAGAUCUGAAGAUCUUCAGUUACAUAGCUAGAGACGGACAGAGCAAUGUGUUCAGAUGCAACGUCUUCAAAUCAAAGAAAAAGAGCCAAGCUAUGCGGAUAGUCCGAACGGUGGGUCAGGCUUUUGAGGUUUGCCACAAACUCAGCCUCCAGCACACCCAGCAAAACGCAGAUGGCCAGGAGGACGGUGACGGUGACAAGACCUGCACAGACUCCGAAGUACCAGAGCGGGAACUGACAGGGGCCGAAAAGCCAACCGCAGAGGAAACGGACAUUGAUGCAGAGGAACUGCCCCUCCCCGACAGCACAAUGGACGAGUUCAGUCGUGGGGUCACCGACCUGGAUGCCGCCAAGAAAGAGGAAGAUUUAACAAAGGACAAAAAGCCCUCUGAGGAGCCCAACAUCCUGCUGGCUUCCCCCAAGCUGCUGCUUCCCUCAGGCAGUCAGCUCCCAACGAGCACCCCCCUGUCUGUGCAUCACCAGCUUCAGCUUCUCCAGCAGCAGCUCACACAACAGCAGCAGCAGACACAGGUGGCCGUCGCCCAGGUUCAUCUGCUGAAAGAUCAGCUUUCUGCAGAGGCUGCGGCGAGGAUUGAAGCUCAGGCUCGGGUUCACCAGCUGUUGUUGCAGAAUAAAGACCUGCUGCAGCAUAUUUCUCUCCUGGUCAAACAGGUUCAGGAGAUGGAGCUCAAACUGGCAGGACACGGCUCAAUGGGAUCUCAAGACAGUCUACUGGAAAUCACCUUCCGUGCCAACGUGCCCCCAGUCCUGUGUGACCCCACCACCCCGAGACCAGAACACAGCAUCCUUCCUCCGCUCAACGAUGGGACGCAGCUGUCCCUGCCACUUGGCAGUCCUAUAGUGGACCAAAGCAUGUUUGAGAACUCGAACGCCUCGGAACAGUCGAAGCAGAACUCCCGUCCAACGGGCAGCGCUGUCAGUCCAACAGCCUCCACGGACACAUCUGCCCUGGCGGGGUCAAAGACAGGGGGCAGCCAGCAUCUAAAAAACUUAGGCAAAGCUGUGGGGGCAAAGGUCAACGAUCUGCUGCGCCGAAAAGAUCCAAACAGCCUUGGAGACAUCGGGGUCACGGAAGUCAAUAAGAAUGUAGAGGCAAUGUGGUCCAGUCUGGCCGCGAUGGGCAACAAUACAGCAGGAAGCAGUCACAUCUCCCUGGAUACUUUCCCUCGGCUCGACCCUCCACCUCCCACGGGUAAAAAGCGCCUCCCACGUGCCCUCAAGACCACCCAGGACAUGAUGAUAUCUUCUGACCCUGUGGUAGCCUCUCCAGAGUCCUCCUCCAUCUCCUCACCUGACAAGACCCCCCUCAUCUCCAAAGAUAAAGCACAACUUAAGUCUGACCUGCGCCCCGAUGAGUCCAGCCCGGAGAAACCUUCGGAGCCCAGCGACAGCCAGAUGGAAAAGAAACCCGGUAUAGAGCUAAAUAAUGAGCCGGCGGCGGCUGUGGUGAAGGAUGACUUAAGAGAGAAAAUUGCUGAAGGUGAAGAUCAGUCACAGCUAUCGCUCUCAGUUCCAGAUCUCAUUCAUAAAGACAAUCUGGACCCGAAACAGAAACUGGCCAGUUCGGAAACUAGAAUGGCUUCCACCCCUUGUCCGGGAAAAGGGGGCUGCCGAAUCAGCGUCAGUGAGGGGGAACUGAUGGGGAACGGCGCAGUGGAUUACCGUACCCUCAGUUUGGAAAAUGAAGAAUCCCAUCCUGACCUGCUCUCAUUUGAAUAAUUAUAAACAACUAAACCAGGCUAUAGUGGACUGCUGGUUUAUUUGGUCUCAUAGCCUUUUAAAGCUGGUUGAUGCUUUUUGAUCUACUGGUCUCCCAGCCUCACCAGCUUAAAGCAUUCGAAACUUUUACUUUUACUCAAAACUCCACUUUUAAAGCGAAUCAUCUUACACUGGGUGGUUUUAAACCAUGGUUGAGUAAAAUAUGGACAAGCAUUGGGUUAAGUUAACGUAGAUAAUGUUUUUUCGCAACCAUGGGUUGAAACAGCGGGGUGAUUUUCAAGUAACAUGAUCUCACAAAGUUGCGUGGUAUAUUCAUGGAAUAUUUUGCUCAUUUAUCCGUGUCAUUGUCACCACGGACUUGCUUUUCCGUGUCAGUUUCGCGUAUUGGUUAAUCAAUUGUUUUUUCUAUUUUUAAACCAUUGUCGCGUGGGUUUGGAUCUGGGGUUUGGGUUAGGAUGUAACUUUAACUAUUGGUUUAUACAAUUUUCCCCCAGAUUUUAAAACAAUUGUUGGCUGACGUUAGGGUUAGAGUUGGGUUUGGAUGUCACUUUAACUUUUGUUUUAUACUAUUUUUUUCCAGAUUUUUAAAACAAUUGUCGCCUGAUAUUAGGGUUAGAGUUGGGUUUGGGUUAGGAUAUCAUUUUAUGUAACAGAAAGUCGUUCUAACCAGUGUUGUUUUCGUCAACGAUGACGAUAACGAAAUGAUUUCGUUGACGCACCUUUUUUAUGACGAUAACGCAACGAUGACUAGCUAAAAAUUGCUCUAAGAUGACGAAAACAUGACGAGACGCUUUCGAGUUUUCGUUGACGAGACGAGACGGAACGAAAAUGAUUAUAAGUCUGACGUCCACAAUGCAUGUAAUUUCUGCCUAUUUUGCGUGAAAUCUGUCUGGUUUUAGCUAAAAAGUAUCAGCAAUGCUGCCGCUUCCUAUUCUUGUUUUGGGUACGCCCACCACCCAGCUGCCACCAUGCCGCGCAAGCGCACCAGAUUUCACACAACAACAACACACCUGCGGCUGUGGCGAGUUCGAAGGACCCUGGCGGUGACGCCAAUAAACGGAAACGACGAGAUGAUUUAUGGACAUACUUUCAGUAUAAUCUAUCAGAAAGAAAAACGGAAUGCAUAUUUGGUGACGACGGUAAAUGUGGCCACAAACUAGGUGGAAAGAAUACCACCAACCUCAAGCGGCACCUGAAGGCUCAUCACGCUAAUCUUUUUUUAAAGUUAACUAACAAGUCACGCUGUUAACAUAUCAUAUACAUUCAAUUUUACUCGACAAUCGGCUUGUGACACAUUUCAUGGUAAGCUUAAAGGCUCUCUAAGCAAAUCUGCGAGACGUUAGUUAUUGUUGACGUUUGAAACUGUUUUCAAACAGACGGAGCGUAGCUAACUCCUCCCCCUCCCUUCCGUGCUUUCAUGAACGCGCCCAACCCCCACCCCCAAAUCCUUUUUGUCGUUUAUUGGCUGGAAUACUUUGUUUUGUUUUGUGAUGCUAGGUUUGGCCACUAUGUUGAUAUUGCCGUUUGUGAAGCCUGGGCUGUCUACAGAGAUCGCGUUUUUUUACAGUUUGAUCAGCGGACAGGCAGCAAGCAGAUAGUAAGAUGUUUCCGGUAUGUAACAAAAAAUGUUUUAUGGUCUAAAACGCUUCAAUUCGCUUAGAGCGCCUUUAAGGUUUUACAUGUCUCUACUUGUCAAACCUAAGCCCAUUUCCAAUACUUUUUGUGGUGUAUUUAAAUAACAAGGCAAGGCACGUGUUUCUCAACUUUAUAAGCGAGGUCACAGUGUAACACACAAACUCAACAUGAGGGUAUAUCAGGCUCAACUUUUUUGUUAUGACAUGUGCAGAAGGCACAAUGACUAAAACAAUGGCAAGCCCUCAGGGACAACCUUAAUGCACAUUUUAAUAGUAUUAAAUACACCACACUUUUUAACCUAAAUUAAUUUGUUAAAGACUACUUUUUUUACUAAACUUGACUAAAACCUUUAUGUGUUUUCGUCGACUAAAAAUUGACUAAAACUAUCAAGUUAAGUGACUAAAAUGUGACUAACACUAAAAAGCAUUUUUGUCCAAAAGACUAAGACUAAAACUAAAAGGGCUGCCAAAAACAACAAUGGUUCCAAACCCACACGACAAUGGUAAAAAAAUAGGAAAAACAAUUGAGUAACCAUUACGUGAAACUGACACGUAAUUCACGGAAAUUCGUGAGAUCAGGAUGUUUUCAAGGCUUUCAAAAUUAUUUGAAUCCGUCUUUUUUAUCUUGCUUUACCUUUUGUACAUUUCUUAUAUUUUUUACUUUAUAGAAAAAUACCACUGAUUAUACUUUGUAUAAAAUGAUACAUAUAAUGAAAUCACUAUUUUUUUAAUCAUAGUACCAUAAUCACUUUAAUGCAUUGUACUUUAUAUUGUGGACCUGUAGUAAAAAAAACACGAAAAUUCAAUUAACCGAAACCAAAGUCAAUACUAUACUGUAAUACCUCCAAAGCUGUCUUUGCUGUUUCAAAAGUGAACAGCAUUUCCCGUUUUUUUUUUAAGCACAGCAUUAUAGUUUACUACAUGCUAGUACUGUUUUACGACCACAUCACUGACUUUAAAUUCAAAAUAUUGUGCUUAGACGUCAUAGUCACCUCCAGUAUGACCAAGUGCACAAUGACCUCGGAUCAGUAAGCUUUAUGCACCUAAGGGUCUAGCAGUCUGGACUGCUUCCUUAUUGCAUUGACUGAGAAAUUCCUCCUGUACUGGAGACACAUUUCACAGUGACCUCUAGAUAACGGAGAAAAUAUGGCAUCUUACCACGGUCGUGGUGAUAUUGUCAAGGUGAUGAUGGCUGGAGGAAUGGCAGUAAUGAGUUUCGGUCAACGUGAAGGUAUGCAGAAGGGUUCGAAAUUCCCUGGAAUGCCAUAACUCAACACUAAUCUCGCUUCUUGUUUGUGUAGACAGCCUGACUCCCAUGACAUUCACACUUUAUCCCUGACUGUGUUUUCUCAAGGGAGAAUUCGGGUCCACUGCAAACAAUGCAGCUAUUUACACUUCCAUUAUUUAUAGAAAUACAGUAUAUUGCCAUACUACAUGUACAGAUGUACUGAGAUGUUGAUCGUAACAACACUGCAAAUCCUACAAGGCUGCAAUCGAGUAGCCACUAUGCAUUAUGUCAGUUGUGUAAUAUUGCGAUUAUUGAAGGUAUUGAGUAGGUUUAUGUGAACUAACGCAUUGGCAUCAUAGCAUUAACUAAUACCCAGGUGCUUUUUGAAUGUCUUAUAUGUUUUGGUUACACUAUGGUAUGUUUUUAUGUUUUUGUUCCUGUAUGGGAUAAUGUGAACACUAAAUCCAGAGUGGGGCGAAGCAUUUGUGCUUAUAUUUCUGCAGAUGGCACGUUAAUGAAUUGAUAUGGACCAAUGAUGCUGUGCUACUGCAUUAUAAGAUAUGAAGUCAAAGUAUUUUAUUGAAUCUUUUACGUGAACUGGAGAAAACAGAUUGUUUAAAAAAAGAUUUAUGUUUUUAGUGUUUAGUUUAUUCUUUUGCAGGGUUGAAAAGAUUCUUGAUGGGAAAUUAAGAAAUGUUAUUUGAAUUUUCUGUGAUGUUUUAUGCAUUUUAAUAUGCAUUUAAUAUGUUCAGUGGUCCCAUCAUUUUUAGGAUUUUAUGAAGGAGAAAAAUAUGAAUGCUGAAGGAAAUUGUAUGUAUAUGAAGGUUUUAUGAGCGCACUGAAUGUAUUUAGGGAUAUCAAAUGAUCGAGCUGGCUAUAUUACAGUGGAUUUCAUUAUGCAAACUGUCUGUUUGUGGCACAGUCUGGGGCUUCGGUGCCUGUAUUUUUAAUAAAUGGUUUUAUGCAA